CCUGUGCCCUCCCGGGGGUCCGGCAGAGGGCAGUGACCGGCGAUCUGUGCAUCCGGGGGGCCCCGGAGAAACCGGAGGUCCGAGGGGAUGGCUGCUGACAUGCAGAGGAAGAGAAGCAGCGAGUGCCCCCACGGCACCUUGGCUCCUGCCGAUGGGCAGAGUGUGGAGAGAGCCGAGAGCCCCACCCCGGGGCUGGCCCAGGGAAUGGAGCCAGGUGCCGGGCAGGAGGGUGCCAUGUUCGUCCACGCCCGUUCCUAUGAGGACCUGACUGAGCCGGAGAAUGGGGCGGCUCCUGGGGAGAGUCCCGAGGAGGGUGCCGGGGGGCCACCCCCGCUGCCUGCGGACAUGCGCCAGAUCAGCCAGGACUUCAGUGAGCUGAGCACCCAGCUGACAGGCGUGGCCCGGGACCUGCAGGAGGAGAUGCUGCCAGGAAGCUCCGAGGACUGGGCGGAACCCCCGGGGGCCUCCGGGAGACCGGCCACAGAGUCCCCCAGGGAGGGCGCCGGAGACGGGGACGAGGAGGAGGCCGCGGAGGCCUGGCGGCUGCACCAGAAGCAUGUGUUCGUGCUGAGCGAGGCGGGGAAGCCCGUGUACUCCCGCUACGGGUCCGAGGAAGCCCUGUCCAGCACCAUGGGGGUCAUGGUGGCCCUGGUGUCCUUCCUGGAGGCCGACAAGAACGCCAUUCGCUCCAUCCACGCGGAUGGCUACAAGGUCGUGUUCGUGCGCCGGAGCCCCCUGGUGCUGGUGGCGGUGGCGCGCACGCGGCAGUCGGCGCAGGAGCUGACGCAGGAGCUGCUCUACAUCUACUACCAGAUCCUCAGCCUCCUCACGGGCGCGCAGCUGAGCCAUAUCUUCCAGCAGAAGCAGAACUACGACCUGCGGCGCCUGCUCUCGGGCUCGGAGCGCAUCACCGACAACCUCCUGCUCGCCCGCAACCAGCUCGUGGCGCUCGUGCGGCGCCGGGACCAGUUCCUGCACCCCAUCGACCUGCACCUGCUCUUCAACCUCAUCAGCUCCUCCUCGUCCUUCCGCGAGGGCGAGGCCUGGACGCCCGUGUGCCUGCCCAAGUUCAACGCAGCCGGCUUCUUCCACGCGCACAUCUCCUACCUGGAGCCCGACGCCGACCUGUGCCUGCUGCUCGUGUCCACCGACCGCGAGGACGCGCUGCGCACGCCCUACUACAGCGUUGCCCAGGUGGGCAUCCCCGACCUGCGCCACUUCCUCUACAAGUCCAAGAGCUCCGGACUCUUCACCAGCCCUGAAAUGGAGGCCCCGUACAGCAGUGAGGAGGAGCAGGAGCGGCUGCUGGGCCUCUACCAGUACCUGCACAGCCGAGCCCACAACGCGUCCCGCCCCCUCAAGACCAUCUACUACACAGGCCCCAACGAGAACCUCCUGGCCUGGGUGACAGGUGCCUUUGAGCUCUACAUGUGCUACAGCCCCCUGGGCACCAAGGCGUCCGCCGUGGACGCCAUCCAUAAGCUGAUGCGCUGGAUCCGCAAGGAAGAAGACCGCCUCUUUAUCCUGACGCCCCUCACCUACUGAUGAGGACCCCGAGCCCGCUGGGCCCUGGGAGCACGGGAGCCAUGGGAACUCCAGGCGGGGCUGGCCCUCUCUUGCCCAGGCAGCAGGCAGGGACUGUGGGUGCGUGCAUUAAAGUGCUUUGGGGAAGACA